CCGCGCCUCUCACGCCUCGACCACCACUCCCGCCAUCAUUCUUCCCAUGUGGCGAUGCGCAGAGCAGUGAUCCAGAACCUGCGUGCGUUCCGCCGUCCUACGCCGCGCUCUGCUCUCAAGAAACUCCGAAUCAGUCCCCAGAAUGCCAACCAGCUGCGAUCAAUAGCCAGUGGACGCACGGCCCAGCCGCUGCAGUCGUCGAUGCGCCUUUCGCGCAAAUACUCCAUCCCUGCCGCGGUGGGCAUUGGCGCCGCCGCUCUAUACUACGGGUACGAACAGCGAUCGCAGUCCUUAUCGCAGCCAGCAAAUGUCUCGCCAGUGUCUAGUGCUCUGAGUGGCAGCCAGGGGAGAUCAUAUUCGACAUCAUCUACAGCAACAGCGCAAUCAACAGCGGCAGAUCUAGCAACAGGUGCACUCGCUCAGGAUUCAGUAGUGCCAGAGGCAGUGAGGAAGGCAUUGAUUGUGGAGCAGGGCCAACUCUUCACGGCUCAGAUUCCUGCGGAUCAGCCCAUCAGCAAAGAGACGGAUUUCUCAGGGAGGAAGGUGUUGGAGAUGCUCACUCCAGAACAGGCCACAGCCAAGCUUCGGACGAACGAGGAAAGCUACUUGGUUGGUCGAGGAGAGGGCGUAGUCCGCUAUGAUGUGGUGCAGAUACCCAGUAACGACCCAAUUGAGGAUGAUCAUGUUGAGAAGAUCGUAGAAGUGCCCAAUACUACAGCUGCGGCACCGGAUGGGAAGACGAGCUCAGAUUGGAUGUUUUGGGGUGUGUUCGACGGUCACUCAGGCUGGACGACUUCCGCGAAAUUGCGACAGACACUCGUUUCAUACGUUGCUCGCGAGCUGAAUGCGACUUACAAGUCUGCUCUGCAAGAUCCGAAGAUCAACUUCCCUGCCGCGGACGCCAUCGAUGCUGCUAUCAAGAAGGGCUUUGUCAAACUUGAUAACGAGAUCACACACGAAUCUGUGCAGAAAGUGCUGAAGGCGCAGUCCAAGGUCGUCGCAGCUGAAAUUCUUGCGCCUGCCCUAUCAGGGUCGUGCGCUCUUCUCUCGUUUUACGAUUCAAAGUCGAAAGAGCUGCGCGUGGCAUGCACAGGCGAUUCGAGGGCGGUGCUGGGUAGACGGGGAGGCAGCGGGAAAUGGACAGCCACAGCACUCUCCAUCGAUCAGACUGGAGGCACACCUUCGGAAGAUGCUCGCCUCAGAGCAGAACAUCCUGGUGAGCCAUAUGUGACCAUGAACGGACGUAUCCUUGGUGGUCUGGAGCCAAGCAGAGCAUUUGGAGACGCAGUAUACAAAUGGUCAGCCGAGACACAGGAGAAGAUGAAGAGACAGUUCUUCGGUCGUUCGCCUAGCAAGCACUUGAAGACGCCGCCAUAUGUGACUGCCGAACCUGUUAUCACGAGGACGAAGAUCGAGCCUGCAAACGGCGAUUUCGUAGUCAUGGCCACAGACGGCUUGUGGGAGAUGCUCACGAACGAGGAGGUCGUUGGCCUCGUUGGACAAUGGCUUGAGACGCAAGCUUCAGCCACUGCGAAGGGUUCAAGCAAUGGAUGGCUACAGUCGUGGUUCAGCAGCCAGAAAAGCUCACUACCCAUCGAGCACCACGAUCAAGGCGACGGGUCAGGUCAGCGUGCUCCUGUGCGCCAACAGCAAUGGGGCAUCCCAUCGGGCGAGCAGAGAUUCGUGGUUGAGGAUAAGAAUGCAGCGACACAUCUCGUGCGUAACGCGCUUGGCGGCAAAGACCAGGACACGCUCUCGGCGCUUCUCACCUUGCCUUCGCCCUACAGCCGGAGAUAUCGCGAUGACUUGACUGUACAAGUCAUCUUCUUCGGCGAGGGUCAGGGCAAUGGCAAAGUCGAGCUCAACAAGGAAGCAUCAGCCACUGCUAACGGUCCUGCUGGUGUGAAGGCCAAGCUCUAGGAGAAUUACGUGCAUUAUCUGCAAGAUGUCGUCUGUCCAAAAGCACUCUACACCAAACUGCAGCAUCGGAGCCACGGCUUUUUCUCUGACUUAUAUUGGUGGAAUCUAGCAGAAUGGCGAAUCGGGCCAUUGUCGAUGGGUCGAUGGGAUCGUUUCUCCCGUGCUGUGAAGAGAUAGUACCAGCACUGGAAGCGAUGGCCCCUAGACUUGGAGCUGCAUAUGCGGCAAUUGAUUGCUUCGAGGGCAAGAGGAAGAGCGGAAGCAGUAGGGACUGUCGAUCCAAUGGCAGCGCGGUUUCAGUUUACUUCAUGGCCUGAACUUGUUGCAUAGCGUGGCGCGACAGGAGUUGGGCAGAGACUAUCGUCGGAUAGAAGGACGAUUGUCGUCCGUGUGAAUUUGUAACAUUAGUUUACGGCAGUUGAGUCGGUGAUGAGUUCGAAACACCGCCGCUCUUGAAUGGGAGAAUACAGAA